AUGGCUACUUGGAGCACUUUAGCGUUUCAGAAAACUGAGAGACAAUCUCCUGAUAUAUUUGAUGUUCCUCACUAUAAAAUGCUAGAAAAAUACUUGCAACUGUUGGGGCAAGAUCCACGUCAAAAAAAUGGAUUUAGGAAUUUUAUAGUAACUGCUGUAGUGAUCAGUAUUACAGGCAACAUUAUACCAACGUCACUAGAGUUGUAUACCUCGUUAUGUGACAAGAAUAUGGAUGCAGUAAUCGACGUUUUCCCACAUUUUAUGGCAGCUACGAUCAGUGCUAUUAAAAUAUUAAAUAUUCAGGUCAACAGACAAAAUUUUAACAAAUUGCUUCAAUUUGUGGCAAAGCAAUGGGAACAACUGAAAUUAAACAAUGAAUUGUACGUUUUGAAUCAAACCGUUAUGCAAGGCAACAAAAUGGCUCAAUUGUAUCGAAGAUCUUUAUUGAGCGCUUUGAUAUUAUUUCUACUAGUUCCACUAGUUUCUCCCAUUCUCGAUGUCGUUCUCCCACUAAAUGAAACUCGACCACGUCAGCAACUGCUUAAAAUUAAUUACAUUAUUUUUGACGACGCUGACUAUUUUUUCUACGUAUAUAUACAGUUAGCUUGGGGGUCAAUUAUGGUUGUGGUAACCAUAAUUUCCGUAGAUUCAUUAUACAUUCUUAUAAUUCAUCACAACAGCGGAUUGUUUGCAGUGUGUGGGAACCGAGUGCAAAGAGCAACAAAAUAUUUAGAUACCAAUCAAAUUAUUUCGGAAAGUUACACGUACAAACAGAUUAGGAAUUGCGUGAUCACGCAUAACGAAGCCAUCCAGUUUUAUAAUAUUCUAAACGAAAGCAGUCGAAUUAGUUAUUUGAUCCAAGUUGGAUUAAAUAUGUUGAUAAUCAGCGCAACAGCCUUGCAAGCAGUAAUAAAUUUCGAUAAGCCGGAAGAAGCAAUUAGAAGCGUGGUAUUUUGUGGAGCCAAUCAAUUUCAUUUAUUUGUGCUUAGUCUACCCGGACAGGUGCUUCUAGAUCAUUGUACAGAGCUAGGAAAUAAUAUAUAUGGUGCCAUGUGGUAUAGGACACCCGUGCAAAUUCAAAAAAUACUUUACAUGAUGCAGAUAAGAAGUGGGAAACUAUGCAGUUUAACGGCAGGCGGAUUAUACGAAAUGAAUAUAGAAAAUUUCGGAGUGCAAAAUACAUAUAAUGAAACUCCAACAGUUGAGUCUAGUAACUAA